GUUCACCAUAAAUAAGAGCUGGGCAUCACUGUCGGCCGACCUCAGCCGCUCGGCCCAUUGUCAUUCCCUCUGGGGACACUCAGAGGCGCAAUCCCAGAUAUCGCCAUGAACGGACUCCAACCUGGCUGACAUCAUUGCGUCUGGUGAUAUAGAUAGAUCCGUAGUACCUCCUCCUUCCUUCUCUCAUCCAUUUGGAGCAGCCUGUGUGUUUAGUCAGUGGCACUUAAUCACAGAGCGCAUCAAGACAAGAGGCGGACCAUCGGGCGUGAACGAAAUAGUAACGGUGAACCGGAGAGGCAGCAGUGUGCGGGACAGCGCAGACAGAGGAACUAUCCAGAGGACGUUUCCUAUAGCCGUUGUCGGUUUUGUUCCACAUUUUUAUCUUCCACUGGAUCAAGUGUUGCAGUUUUAUCACCGUCCCGACCUUCCCGUCGUUAACGUCUCCAUCGCGUCCGACUCGUUCGCCGCCAGCACUUCGUUGGAGAUGUCCAAGAAGAGACCAGCCGAGCCGGAGUCCCGGGUGAAACAGCAAACUGCUCUGGGCAACAUGCCUCGCCUUCCUUGUUUCUCACCGGAGUCUGUAGAAUGAAAACGGCUUAAAUAAAGUCCAAGCAGAGUGCAAAGAUGUCAGUGCCUUUGCUGAAGAUCGGCGUCGUGCUCAGCACCAUGGCGAUGAUUACCAACUGGAUGUCGCAGACCCUCCCCUCUCUGGUGGGGCUCAAUACUACCAAGCUCACAGCGGCACAGGGAGGGUACCCGGACCGGAGCACGGGAGUUUUGCCAGCAAACCCAGAGGAAUCGUGGCAGGUGUACAGUUCAGCCCAGGAUAGUGAGGGAAGGUGUGUCUGCACUGUGGUGGCGCCCCAGCAGUCCAUGUGCUCACGGGAUGCCCGCACCAAGCAACUGAGGCAGCUGUUAGAGAAGGUCCAAAACAUGACUCAGUCCAUCCAAGUGCUGGACCAGCGAACCCAGAGGGACCUGCAGUAUGUGGAGAAGAUGGAGGUCCAGCUCCGUGGUCUGGAGACCAAGUUCAGACAGGUGGAGGAGAACCACAAGCAGAACAUCGCCAAGCAAUAUAAGGCCAUAAAGGCGAAAAUGGAGGAGCUUAGACCAUUGAUACCAGUGUUGGAGGAGUACAAAGCCGAUGCCAAAUUGGUAUUGCAGUUUAAGGAGGAGGUCCAGAAUCUGACGUCAGUUCUAAACGAACUUCAGGAGGAGAUGGGGGCCUAUGACUACGAGGAGCUCCACAACAGAGUGUCAAAUCUUGAGGAGAGACUUCGAGCAUGCAUGCAAAAAUUAGCAUGCGGCAAACUGACAGGCAUCAGUGAUCCCAUCACCAUCAAGACGUCUGGAUCCAGGUUUGGCUCCUGGAUGACUGACCCUCUUGCACCUGAAGGAGAUACACGGGUCUGGUAUAUGGAUGGUUACCAUAACAACCGCUUUGUGCGGGAGUAUAAAUCAUUGCAGGACUUCAUGACAUCAGACAACUUCACGUCUCACCGGCUGCCCCACCCGUGGUCAGGAACAGGUCAGGUAGUCUACAAUGGCUCCAUCUACUUCAACAAAUUCCAGAGCCACGUCAUCAUCAAAUUCGACUUCCGCACCUCUUCCAUCAGCAAGUCCCGGCAGCUCGACUAUGCUGGCUUCAAUAACAUGUAUCACUACGCCUGGGGUGGUCAUUCCGACAUUGACCUGAUGGUGGACGAGGGAGGCCUGUGGGCUGUCUAUGCCACCAACCAGAAUGCUGGCAACAUUGUCAUCAGCAAGCUGAACCCCAACACGCUGCAGAUCAUCAAGAGCUGGACCACCAACCACCCCAAAAGGAGUGCCGGCGAGUCUUUUAUGAUCUGUGGUACGCUCUAUGUGACCAACGGCUACUCAGGAGGCACCAAGGUCUACUACGCCUACUCCACUAACUCCUCUACCUAUGAGUACAUUGACAUUGCCUUCCAGAAUAAGUACUCACACAUCUCCAUGCUGGACUACAACCCACGUGACCGCGCUCUCUAUGCUUGGAACAACGGCCACCAGGUCCUCUACAAUGUCACACUGUUCCACGUUAUCCGCUCUGAAGAACUGUAACAAUGGAAAAUGGAUUACCUACCAUCAAACAAUACAUAUUGUCUGUGUAGAGGUCUCCCUAUAUACAAUAUAUGUGAAAAAGCAAAAAACUAUUGCAAGACUAUUCUAGUUAUAAUAUCCAAUAACUGAGAGACUGCAUCAGUGAAUGCAAAGUGGAUUGAAUGUGCAUAUACAUGGGGAGAAAAUAAAAAAAAAAAAUCAAAGGGUUUCAUUCCAAAAUGUAUUUGUUAUAGAAAAAAAAAAGAUUUAUCAGUUAAUAUCUCAAAGUCACAGAUGAUCCUCAAAAACAGAACUGUUUUGUAAAUAAAGGUUAAUAUGACUUCUAAUGUCGAUAGUUACUCAUAGUAGACUUUAUUUUAAUAGCUGCCAUCAUUUUGUUAGAGAUCUUUUAUUUUGGAAUGAAACUCUUUGUUUCAGGAAAUGAUUGUAAAAGUAGACUAUACUAUAUCAGAUGUAGAAGAAUAAGAUCAGAUGCCAAAAAAAUAACAUCACGCCUUUUUUUUAUAUAAUGGAAUAUCAACUUAAGCUCAUUCCUGUGGCUCCAGUUCUUCUGCAGAAAUCCUCCCAGCUGAACUUUUUCUUUUGGUUCUGGGGGUCCUGAAACAAAGACUGUUGGUAACAAACUGUUGGAUCCCCAGGUCCCAUAGACAUGACAGAGGAGUGGGAGGUCAGUCUAGUCAGAAGACUUAACGCGCCUCAUGGGUGCAGUCUGUCAUAUCAUUUUUAUCAAGUACAGUAGCAAAUCAAAAGUCUGUAGAGAAACAGCAAACAACAAUAGCAACAUCCACUAAAAGACCUGAAGGCACUGACUGUUGACAGCGCUGUUGUUUGAGAUGAUUUUCCUGUGUUAGUGACUAUGUGUGAAAAAGGCUUUCUUUGCAUGAGUGUUUUCUGCCACUCGGGUCUGCGCCUUUGAAUGUCUUUCGCUGUAUGAUACCAUAAAAAAAAAAUGAGGGAGGGGGGUGUGAGGGGAAAACCUGUUUGAAUACCUUUGGGAUUUGAGGAUUAGCAAAAAUAGUUUCUUUUUUUCUGCUUCUCUCUAUUUAGUUCUUGUUUUGUUUAUUUCUAUUUCUUUGCGAACAUUUUUAUUUUUCAAAUGUUCUUGUUGGCACUGGUUACACCUCUCUGUAUUUGUUUAUUUGGACGGCGUGGGAGAAAUUUAUCUAGCUCACAUCUCUCUGAAGAAAAAAGCAAAUAACAGAAUGUACCAAGUAUUGUAUUCUGGAAACCUGGUCCUCCUCUAUCUUCAAUUCACAUCAUGCGCCUGUAGUAGGGAGAAGGUUUUUAGAGGAUAAUCCUAUCUUAUGUCAUGUACCCCCCACUGCUACCCACUGCUAGUGAAGGAAAAUGCUGUUUAAAUGUAUACCCUUGUUGAGGACAAAAGCUUUCCGCUCUUUUUGUGCUUUGCUGGACGUGUUGUAUGUGUGAUGAGGAAGUUAAUGAUUCGUGUCAAUAAAACAGAGAAAUCUGACGCUCUGAUUGUUGCCUUAAGAAGCUACAAGCUGCAGUGUGACAGCACACUGUUUAUAUGGAGAUAACUAAUACAUUACCUUCCUGCCUUUUGGGUUAUCCUUCAUUAACAACACACAGAGCUGUCACUCUGUUCUUUUGUUGAGUUGUGGGGAAAUGUUAUUUAUCAUUUGCACAUCCUGUCACAUGUUCAGAGGUCUUAAAGCGAGGCUACCUAUUUGUGUAAUUGAGUGAAGAAAAAAGUUGAAAAGUCAAAUUCCUAAUCAAUAAAAUGCAGUUUUGCUCAUUUUAAAA